AGCAACACUGAGGCGGCAAAAGAAAACCAUCACAUCCUCGUUGAUUCUCUUGUCGUCUCCCUUUCUUCUUCGUUAUUUCGCCGUCUCCUUGCCAACUUAAUGAGGUUCGGUCUGUGGCUUUCAGCCAUCAUCUUUCUCAGCCUCGUUACUACUGGUUCAUCCUCUAUCAUCGCUGCUUCAUAUCUUCUUGUCGUCCUGUAGGCAGGUAAUUAUGAGAGCGCAUUCUUACAAGCAUUAUGUAGUGAUCCUGACAUUGAACAGAUACACAAAAUCCUGGGAGCUUCAUCUUCUUCUUCAUCAACCCAAAAAUCAUAAUGGUUGUUCUCUCUGAACUCCUCUCAGAAGGAUCUUCAUGUUCUUCAUCAACUCAUGUUCACAGUUCAUCAACUCAUGACCAUAUUUCAUCAAUUGAUGGUCAUAGAUAUGACAUAUUUUUAAGUUUUAGAGGUCUUGACACUCGUCUUAGUUUCACCAAUUACCUUCACGAUGCACUUAUAGAGGCCAAUAUCACUACCUUUUUGGAUGAUGAAGAGAUUGAAACAGGGGAAGAUCUGAAACCAGAAUUGGAGAGUGCAAUUAAGGCAUCUCGGGCUUCUAUUAUCGUGUUGUCCCAGAAUUAUGCUACUUCAACAUGGUGUCUGGAUGAAUUGGUGUUGAUCCUUGAGCAGCGUAUGACAUCCAACCAUAUUGUUAUCCCUAUAUUUUAUCAUGUAGAGCCCACGCAUGUCAGGAAGCAGCAAAGUAGCUUCGGAAAUGCAAUGGCUAAGCAUAAACAGACGAUGGACGCAGAGACAAAUGCAAAUAAAAGAAGUCAAUGGGCUCAAAAAAUAGACCGAUGGAAUAAAGCACUUACGGAAGUUUCUAAUUUAAAAGGAAAGGACAUAAAAGGAAGGCUAGAGACAGUGUUCAUUGAAGAAAUCGUGAAGUACAUCCACCGUAGAUUACAUGUACCCUUAAGGAUUUCUCAGCCAUUACUCAUUGGGAUGGAAUAUCAUAUCCACUUUGUUACUUCCUGGUUGAAUGAUAGGUCCUCACAUACUACAGACAUACUCACUAUUUUAGGUAUCGGUGGGAUCGGGAAGACAUCUUUAGCCAAACAUGUCUAUGGGUUAUAUUCUCAUGAAUUCCAAACAAGUAGCUUUAUUGAAGAUAUCGCAAGGAAAUGUGAUGGAAAGUUUAAUGGGUUGCUUGAUUUACAAAAUCAACUCUACAAUGACAUUUCAAAAACAAGUGCAAUUAGAGUUUAUGAUAUGGCAAUAUACACAACACAGAUAGAGCAUGCACUUGCCCGUAAAAGGGUCUUUCUAGUCCUUGAUGAUAUCACCACUCUUGAUCAGUUGGAUGCAUUACUUGGAAGCAAAGGUUUUCAUCGUGGAAGCAAAAUUAUAAUCACAACAAGAAACAGAUGGUUGACUGAGAGUUGUGCACUAUUCAAAACAAACAUUAAACCGAAGAAUGAAAGACUUUUGCUUUUUGGCUUAGAUGAGAUCCAAUCACAACAACUUUUGUGUUUUCAUGCAUUCAUGUGCAAUUAUCCCAAGGAAGGUUAUGAAGAGAUGUCAUAUAAGCUUGUAAAAUAUUGUCAAGGACAUCCAUUGUCUCUUGCAGUUUUGGGCAAAUCUCUAUAUAACCGAGAUGUAGCUUACUGGAAAGGGUGCUUAGAAGGACUAAAUAAAAAAACAAGUUCCCAUGUAAAUAAUGUAUUGAGAAUGAGCUUUGAUUCUUUGCCAUCCAACAAUGAUAAGGAGUUGUUUAAGCAUAUAGCUUGUUUUUUUGUCGGAAUAGAUAGAGAUGUUAGUGAAACAAUAUUAAUGGCAUGUGAUAUAAUCACAAGAUCUGGAAUCACAAAUCUCAUUGAUAGAUAUCUUCUUAGUAUAGGAUCGAAUAAUGAAUUGAAGAUGCAUCAGUUGGUUCAAGAGAUGGGAAGAUUCGAAGUACAUCAAGAAUCAUUUGACAAGCCAUGGAAGCGAAGUAGAAUAUGGUGUCAUAAUGAGUCAUUCAGAGUGUUGAAACAAAAAAAGGGUAAGGGAAAUGUUCUAGGCCUUUCCCUUGACAUGCGCAUGCUCCAGAAAGAGAAUUUGGGAGCACCAUUUGAUCUAAAAACAGAUGCUUUGAGUAACAUGGAUAGUCUGAUGCUACUACAAAUGAAUUAUGUGCACAUGAACGGGUCUUAUGAGAACUUUCCAGAUGAAUUAAGAGGCUUGUGUAUGCAUGGUUUUCGUUUAAAGUGUAUACCUUUAGAGCUACCGAUGAUGAAUUUGGUUGCUCUUGAUAUGUCAUAUAGCUAUAUUGAAUCAUUUGUUGGUUGUUAUAGCAAUACACAUCAACUUGAGAAGAGGCAAAAGUUGGAUGGAUCGUAUUUAAAAGACAACAAGCUGCUCGGAUCAUUGAAGAUUCUUAAUUUAAGUUUCUGUAAACAACUGCAUAGUCUUGGUGACUUUGACCAAUUCCCUGCACUCGAGAGAUUAAUAGUUAGAAAUUGCAUUGGUUUGGUUGAGGUUGGUGAAUCAAUUGAGAAAUGUGUUGAACUUGUCUUCAUUGAUCUGAGCAACUGCAAGAAGCUUGAAAAACUUCCAAGAAACAUAGGCAUGUUGAAGAAUGUUAAAACAUUGUUGCUCGAUGGUUGUAAUCUCAGUGAUUCUCAAACCGAGGAUAAGGAUAUGGUCAUAAACAUACGAACCUCUUCCUCCUCCUUUAUGGGUGCUAUACCAAGUGAUUUGAAGUUAUUUACAAUUUCUUUACCGAGGUCUUUAGUAAGGUUGUCACUGGUAAAUAACAAUUUGUCUACAGACUGCUUUCCCAUGAAUUUUAGUUGCUUGUCCAUGUUAAAGGAAUUAUAUUUGGAUUACAAUCCUAUAAAUUCCAUGCCCAGUUGUAUGAGAACCAUUCCUAGGCUUGAGAUACUUAGUAUGGCCAAUUGUAAAAAAUUGAAAUCAGUUGAGUAUCCUCCGCGUACACUAAGAAGGUUGUUGCUCUUUUCUCGUCUUGGGAGUUUUGUAAGGAAAGUUGAAUUUGAUCCAGAAAUGUCCCCACUAGAGGUAACAUCAAACUGGUGGUUAGAUUUCACACCUGGGUCCUGUGAAAUCGAAGGCAUGAUCAAAAUCCAAGCAAUGGUAGGUGUUGAGGAAAAGGUAUUACGGAGCUUGGGUUGGAUUAAUGAAGACUUCCUUAACAAAGGGUGUGUGGGAACCAAUCCUUCGGAAUCAAAAGUCCAGAGAAUGUUUUAUGAAUUUGGAAUAUUCAGCACAAAGUAUGAGGUGGAGGAGAUGCCGAGAUGGUUUAAGUAUAGAAGCUUGGGGCCAUCAAUAUCAUUUACCAUCCCAUCAUCAUCAUCAUCAUCAUCUCCAAACAACCUUACUGGACUCAACUUCUGCUAUUUGCACACAUUGAAACCUCCUGAUGAGUCGUUAUUAUUUCCACAUGAUCAGUUCCCUAGUACGCCAAUGAUCAGUUCCGUAGUACAUGAUAUGUUCCCUAGUACGCCAAUUACGACAAUUCAUAAUAUAACAAAGAACCACACAUGGAUAUACGAACGUCACUUGGAUGGAGUUAUUGUAGAUGGAAAGUGUUGGGUGAUGUUAAGUCAUUGGAUGUUUCGGAUGAAUGAGAUGGAGGCGGGUGACCAUGUUACUAUUACUGUUACAGCGCCAUAUGAUGAACUUGUAAAGGAGUGUGGGGUGAGUCUUGUGUAUGAGGAUGAAAAAGAAGAAGAAGAUGCAUUGGGUUAUUACAAGUCAUGGAAUCAUAUAAUUGGUGGAGAUCUCUCUCAGUUUCAAACAACUACAGGACAAUACAUCCUACAGAACAGGCGGUUUUUUGAGUUUGCCAUUUAUUUGUUUCCCUAUCUUGGUAAAUUAAUUCCAGAUGGCCCCACAUAUCAAGGACAUAAGGAAGUGUCCUGGUUUAGAGCUUUUUCUCAAAGGAAUCCUGACCUAAUUGGUAGCACACAUGUGGGUAAGGGGGAAUCUUCAAGAUCUCAUCCUUCACAUGAAACUGCUUGUGAAAGAGAGGUUGCAUUUCUAAAUUAAUCACUUGAAACUCAAUGAGUUAUAUCCUAAUUUUCAGGAAGAAUUAAGAUGGUUUGCUCAUUGUCGCAUUUGGUGCCUAUUUAUGUUCAUGUUUCUUUCUUCUUUUUUCUUCUUUUCUUUUUUUUUUUUUGUUUAGACCAUGUUUGGUAUGGUGGAAUAAAAGGAUGAAUGGAAUGAACCAUUCAAUUACUAUUUAAAAUGCAUUGUUUGGUUAUCAAAAGGAAAUGAAUGUUUCAUUACAAAGAGAAUGGGAUUCCUUAGGAACACGCCUUUUUCAUUCCUUGGGGGUACCUUACUUUUCUUUCCUUCCUUUCCCGCAUGUGAAAGAAAAUGACAAAUAUACCCGGCCUACCUCAAUCGUAUAUUUCUAAUUAGUUCUCGCGAUAAUUGAUUUUUGACAAAUCAAAGAAAACCCCAUUGAAAGGAGAAUUAUUAUCCACUGCAUCUAGAAAAUCAAGAAACUUUCUACAAAUUUUGAGCAGGAGCAGUAGGAAGAAUUACUUUUCAAGAAUCGCUCUUGACAAUAUAAAGAGCUUUCGCUUCAUCGCUUAUGUUAUAUUUAUAUAUUGCUUACUUCUUCAUUUUUAUUUGUCUUUGUUAGUUCCAAAAUCCAAAAUUGUUUAUAAGCAUAUUAUUUAUUGUUUAAACAUCUUUGUUGUUAAACAUGCACAUGAACUUUCUGAUGAAAUGUUUCAAUAAUUUUUUUCAUUGAAAUGCUUAUGACGUUGCUUAUAAAUAUAUAGAGAAAUUAAAUUGUAUUAAUUUUUGGUUCUAACUAAAGACAUCCAUGCUUGGACGAUACCUGCAUAGUUCUUUUUUAGUUUUGGCAUUUUUCAUGUUUUGAUAAAUGAUUGUUAUUUUGAUUAUAUAGAAUGUUACCUUAACUACAAAUAAUAUGUAUAGUGAUUUAGAGGGCACUUUUGUAAUUAUCAAUUAAUUUCAUUCUAUUCAUUUGUUCAUUUGUAUCUACCAAACAUGUAUGAAUGAUGCAUUCCAUUCAAGGAGACUGACCGAACAUGACAAUCGAAAUAGUACUGAUACAUUCUAUUACAUUGUCCAUUCCAUUACAUCGUUCAUUCCAUUCCUUUAUCAUUUCAUUCCAUCCAACCAAACAUACCCUUAUUGUUGUUUGAUUGCAAAAGAUAGGUGAAAACAAUAUGAAUAGCUUUUGAGUUUAGUUAAUACACAUGUAAG